AACACUGGCGCUGCUGUCUCCCGUUCCGUCAAAAUAAGAAAAUCAGAUUCUCUUCGCAAUUAAGAAAUUAUUUUCACAUCUCCAAAAAUCAGUGAAAAACUAGUCCUUCUGCGUGAGAAAUUGUACCCUUGAGUGCUGCAGUGCAUUGUGUGUUGCAAUUUACGUGAGUUUGUCGUGAGUUUUGGGGUGAAAAUCGUGCCAUUUGAAUCGCGGAAAAAAAGAGUGGAAAAGAUGGUGUAAAUAUCGAAAAAAUUCUUCAUCUCCACUUUUUUUGCCAACUACACAGUCGCACAGCUGUGAUCUUUUGCAAUUUUCGUCGCGGGCGGAAGUGCCACAGGGCGCGGAAGGUGCAUCACCUUGUCCACAGCUUGAUUUUCACGCGCAUUUCGGGUGUCUGGGGCGGUGGAGGAGGGACGAAGUUGAGGAGAGAGAAAAAAAAAGUUUGCAGGAAGGAAAAUAAAAUAAUGCAAAAGUGUGGAAAGUGACGAGAAUUUCGGGGUGAAAGAAAUUAUUUGUUGUGUUACUGAGUCACCACACGGCAAUGGUAAUAUCAUGCUGAAGAUGGCAGACACAGCUAGUGGUCCCGUGAAGCAGCAGAAGCAGCACGGUGUGCCAAAAGGUCAUCCGGAAGCUGCGAAAGUGGAACCCCUUCCGGGGAGGCGUAUCAAUGAUGGAGGAGGAACAAAGGGAAUGUCCACAGAUGGUCGUGGUGGACAAACGACGACGAAUACAGGUGGUGCUGCACCGAGUCUAGGGCGUAAGCCAAAGGCAUCCUCCUUCCAGAUUACAUCCGUCACCGUUGGCACCCGCACAAGUGCCGACAAUGGCGAGGAUAGUGCCGAUGAUCUCGAUGAAUCGCACAGUCACACGGAUGACAAUAGUCGCGUUACGGAUCACGGGAAUGAGACACCGAGCUUCUCCGAGGACACCAGCUUCUCCAAGGAGGAUGUCUUCUACAGCUCAAAUGCCCUCGGGACGGCACCUGUAAUCCCAACGAGUUCCCAAUACGGCCUCGCUAUUGUUUCACCCGAACUCAAUGGCACGGCCACCCUUACGGAUGUCCAUGUGAGUCUCACGGAUGCUGGCAUAAAUAUUGUGGGGAAUGCAAAGCAGAAUUGCGACGUGGACAAGGAGGGUCAUCAGCGCAAUGAACGCUUCAAGGUGGUCAAAAUUGAGAGCACCGAACCCUUCAAGCGUGGGCGAUGGAUGUGCAUGGAUUAUCUGGAUCAUACAACACUCCAGCAGACUACGACGUCCUCGGAGGGGGCACUCGAUGGCACAGACGACACCGCCGCCAAGGUGAAUAACAUACUUCCCGGACAGACAGCACCGGCGGUCUUCUACAACUCCACAGCGGCUCCUGUGCCCGCUACGGAUGCGCUUCCAGAAGUCACCACCACAGCCCCCGUUGUGGCCACUACCACAGCUUCAAACUACACAGCCCAGAGUAUGCCAUCGCAUCAGAAAAACCUUUUGUCCAUCAAUUUGCAGAUGCAGGAAGUUAUUGCAUCUGCAAGUAAGCGCCCCCCAAAGAUGACAACUAUGCCACGGCAUCAGGGACAAACACAGCCCGCUCAGUAUUACAAACAAGCACUGAGCUCAGGGCAACGACAUACUUCGACGCAGGAGUACACACAGGGUGCCACACUACCUGCGAAUCUCAACUUCCACGAUACAGCAGGACUCGAAGCGAGUCUGGCCAGCUUAAGUCACAGCAUCAGUGGCCAGCAACAGCAUCACAGUACUUCGCCAAAGGUACGAAGGAGCGAUGAGGCGCGUUCAGUGGCAACAGCCGAACUCCCAUCUAGUCAGCACCAUCCGGAGGUGGAGAAAGUCAAGGAGGGUGUAGCCGAUGAGCCGCCAAUUGCAUGCGAUCGAGUAGUCGCCACAGAGGUGGUGGAUAGUAAUUGUGUCUCCACAUCCAGUGGCGUUAAUUCACCCACUGUGAGCGUCGUGUCGCCGGAAAUGACACCCGACGUGGCCACAGAGGUGGAAAUGUCGCCGGAGCAGCAGCAUUUAGGUGGGGCCACGCCGGCAAAUCCCGAUGAGACUACCCCCAAUGACGAGAGUGAAAGUGCGUCAGGAACGAGUGCUGUGGCUAUAGACAACAAAAUUGAGCAAGCAAUGGAUCUGGUAAAGUCUCAUCUGAUGUUUGCUGUGCGUGAAGAGGUGGAGGUGUUAAAGGAAAAAAUAGCCGAACUAAUGGAUCGAAUAAAUCAACUUGAGGUGGAGAAUACAAUACUUAAGGCAAAUGCAACGCAAGAAACCCUCUCGCAAUUGUCUGCGACACUUGCAUCGGGAAAAGUUCAAGCGUCAAAUACAGGAAAUGGAUCUGCUUCGUAAGUGUAAAAAAAACACGCACGUUUGACAACAAGAAAUAUUUUUUGUUUAAAAUUUAAAUUAAAAAAAUCAAUUUUAAAGUGCUACGAUUAAAAAAAAAAGAACAAUCACACCCGCUAAAGAACCUUGUUAUCAUUUUUUCUUUCUUUUCUCUUAAUUUUCAUUUUUAAAAAGAAACAAUAUUUAAAUUUAAAUAACAAGACAUACAAGUCUUUGAUGAGAUAGAAAAUUGAUGAAAACUGAUAAGAACAUCCCAAUAGAGAACAAGUGUCGCAAGAAUUUAGUAUAAUAAAAAAUAUUUAAAUAUAGAAAUGAGAUGAAAAUGCAAGCAAAAUCACAAACAAAACGUUAUCAAUGUUUGCCAUUUUUUUAAUUUUAUUAUUUAGUGGCUAUUAUUGACUAAUCUGUCCACUACGUUGUUUAUAUUACAUAUUUCUGUGAAUGAGAAAACACGUCUUUUUUUUUUCAAAUAUCGAGUCAAUAAUUUUGUAAAUUAUAUUAUACUUGUUUUUUUUUUUGCAUUGUAAUUAAGAAAAUGUAAUACUUAUUUAAUGUUUAUUAUAUAUUUUUUUGUUGUGUAAAUUGGGCUGACAAGGAAAUAAGUCAAAAAAAAAGGAGGAAGAUAAAUGCGAGAUUUGCGGGGAAAAAAGUUGUAAAGAAAGUGUGUGAGGGACGCAGUGAAAAAUUUAUAGGAAUUAUGUUGUAUAUAAUGAGCAUGUGUAGCAUAUUAUGUAGGAAUUAAGGAUAAAAUAAUGAUAGUUGAACACACACCAAAAUAGUGUGCAAAAUUAA